CUUUGAACGCCAAGGGAGAGAAAGCGGUCUGGCUCGCACCUCAACGCCGCAUCGUGUGAGCUCGGACAGCAGAAGCAAUCAAGUGAAAAGAGCACUUCCCAAAGCGAAACAACCACCCAACCGGGCGCUUUCAAAAUGGACGAGCAAGACUUCGAAGACAUCCUUGAGAUCGACUCGCCAGACGAGCCACUCGUCGACAUCGAAGACGAAGAGGAAGACCAAGAGAAUGCUGCGCUCGAUCAGGACCAACAACAUGCACGAAAAUCGACUAGUGCAACAGCAGCAGCAAGGAAAUUUUCAAAUCGAUCAAAACUAGCCGAAGGCAGCAAAGGCAACACCACAAGGGACCCGAGAAAGGAAAUGCUAGAUUGGCCGCAAUCGCUGCCCUACCCAUGCGAGACGCUCGAAGAAUUUGACGACCGUCUCGAAUUUGUUGCCAGGCGCCUAAUCGACGUUGUCAGAACAAAAGACUUUGACAUUGGGCUAGUACAGUGGAACCACAAGCUGCAAUGCCUCCUUUCCCUCAAAUACCCAAUGAAGCGUGUGAUGCGUGCACGCCUAGCACGCCUUUACUACCACCUUUCUGUCAUGCCCGGCCUAGACGCGCGCCUGGUCGAGCUCUGUGCGCAAAUGUGCAUGACACUCGUGGAGAGCAAGAAGCGCAUCGACAUCCGCGACCUCGUCCUACCAUGGCGGCCUCUAUACGACCUGCUUGAGAAGGACCUCUUCCCAAAACAGCGUCGCACAGGCCUUACCAACGUCAGUACUACCUUACUCGACCUCGCUGAGAGUGCGCAGCGCUUCUUCCACCCACGCGCGACGCGCGAGAUGCUCCACACCUUUCUCCCGCGCAUGGACGGGAACAGUUUCGACAGCGUCAUCGCCACGCAGGCGUUCCUCGUCCACUUCCUCCCCAUCUCGCACGGUCAGCCGCACGUGUGGCUCAAAAUGAUGUUCCGCCUCUGGCAGAGUUUCGAGAGCUCUCUUUGGGACGACCAGAUGCUCGACCUGCUCGCCAGGCUCGCGGACAUGCAUGUGCUCAACCCAGAGCAAGGCGAUGAGCAGCUGGUCAUGCACCAAGCUGGAAUGAAUGCGGAUCCGGUAGAUUGGCUACGAGAAGCUGGUAUCUCAUCGCUGCCUCCGCCGUCAUCCUCUGAAGAUUCAGAUGAUGAAGACGAGGGCAUGGCGCCGCUCGAUGUUGCAGGAUCACCUUCCGCAGUGAACGGAGAAUCACGUUCAUCCAUACCGUCCAAAUCGACCGCAUCAGACACGCCACCUCCUGGAAGCCUGUGGCGCGAUGUGGGGAUCUUCACCGACGCACAGUACACACUGAUCAUGACCAAGUGCUUGCGCUCAGCGGGCCUCCCAGUCGGGGCCAACAAGGCUGCCAAUUCGGCCCUUAUGGCGCAGUCCUCGCUCGCCCGCACUGGGUCAGACGCCUCAGCGAGCGGAACCACUCUCAAUAUGAAGAAGCCCAGCGACCGGCUUCAGAGCUUCGCGACCAUAAUUGCAUUUAGCAUCAGCCCCGACGGCCCGGUGCAUCUACUCGAGGAAGAACAGGUAGCCGAGGGUAGCGCCACAGCAAGCGAAGGUUCGACGCCGACGGUUGCAAACACGCCGAUGGAGGGUCGCUCACCUCGUCUUGGGCCCAAGGAAGCGAACACGACUGGUGGUGUACAGACUUUCCUCGCUGGAAGCAAGGCGAUCGACCACCUGGCGCGCUUCAUUCAGGCGACCGAGAGCUUCUUCCACCCGUCCAAUUGGGGUGCCUGGCAGAUCCAGCUCUCCUCGCUCGUCCAGUACCUUACAUGGGAGUUCCUGCGGCGAAUCAAGGAGGAAGAGAAGCCGGACUGCAACGUUCCGAAGAGCAAGCGCAUCAACAAGCUCAUCCGCCGCACCUUCGUCAAAAUUCUCCGCCACGUCUGCCUCAUGAGCAUGUUCGCCAAGGAUCCGCUCACCGUCUCGAACAGCCAGCUCGCGCUUAAGCGCAUGGCCAUCAUCGAGCCGGAUCUAAUCGUCCCCGAGAUCCUCUCACGGGCCGUCCCCAGCUUGGAAGCGCUCGAGACCACGCACCGCACCACGUCGGUCAUCUCUAGCCUUGGUACGAUGAGCUUCCCGAUCACCGCACGUCAUCUUUACCCGGAAGGGGCAAAGCACCUCGUCCCACUUAUGAACCUCUGCCUCCCCGGCAUCGACCUGAACGAUCCGAUCAAGACGAUCGCCACUUCCGUCUUCUACCUCAUGGUCGUCAUAUCGCUCAAGAUCGACGACCUCAACCGCCCUGAGUUGUCCUCCAACGAAGGAAUUUCAUUGCAGCAGCAGCACGAACCACCGUCCAUCAUGGACGUCGAUCCCGAGAUGGAGCGUCGGCUCGAUUUCACGGACGAGGAGAACAAGGCUUUUGACGAGGCGCAGCAUCAGCUCGUCAAAAUGAGCACGAGCGCGGCCGAAGAGUGGGCCGUCGGCUUCUUCCGUCGUGUCCUGCAGCUCUUCGAGGCAUUGCCGGAGGAAGGCAAGAACGGCCGCAUAGGCGGCAAGUCAGAGCAGCAGGUUGUCACGUCCGUCCUCGGCGCGUGUGACGUCAUCUGCGGUAGCCUGAGUCCUUAUUUAUUUGACACAUGCUUCAACAUUGUCGCCGAGCACUGCGCCAGCAACGUCUCCGCCAAUAGCGUCUCCGUCGUCGGCGCGCUCAUCGGCUCGUUCGCACGUGCAUCGAGCGGCAAGGUGCUCAAGCGUAUGCUCCCACAAUGUAUGUCUGCCAUCCAGUACGAGCUCGAUAAUGGCGCCAGCGCUGUCCGGACGACCAAGACGACUGAGGCGGUUGCAGCUGACACAGCACUGCACUGGCAUCUGCAUAUCCUCAUUCAUUCGCUCAGCGGCUCUGGGCCCCGUCUGCUCGCGCACAAGGAAGAGCUCAUCCGCUUCAUGCUCAUGCUCGUUGAGCGCUGCAAGAACGAGAGGACGUACAGCAUCACGUCGCGCCUCGUCGCCAAGAUCGUCGUCGUGCUUAGCUUCUACUACCCGAACGAGUCGCACUUUGUCAAUGCAGAUGAGUGGGCCUCUGACGAGAUGCAGACGAAUUCGCACCUCCACUGGGGCAAGUUGUACACCGCUAAGGAAGCUAAAGUCUCGUGGCACGUCCCAAGCAAGGACGAGAUUGACAUGGUGCUCGAGCUCUUCGACCGUUUUGCGACGCCGUUGCUCGAUGAAGUCGACAACCUGCUUCGAAGCAACCAGCCGCGUGACAAGAACUGGUCGACCGACUUUUGCCGACUCUUGUCCUACGUGAAGCAGAUUCACUCGGCUGUGCCGCAUUUGAUUCUGUUGCCAGAGACAGGAGGGGGAGCUGAGGCAAGCGAUGCCGGUAUCGAGGAGCCAGAGUUCAUUCGCCCGCCGCCGCGAUUUAAAUCUACCUUCCUGCUCAAGGACCCGGAUGACCUGCGCUACCAGAAAGCACUUUCUUUCCGUCAGCGCUUCGGCAACACGCUCCUCCUCGCGGCACAGACAACGCAGCAAAGCGACGCAGAGGAUCAGAUCGACUGUGUCAAGCUGUUGCUGCGUUCCAUUCGAUCAUUCAUGACGCAAUAUGCCUUCAGCUCCGACGAUGACGCGGCCAAUUCGCACCAACUCAGCUUCUACCGGAACAUGACCAAGCUGUAUGCCAAGCAGAAGCACUUCCCGCGCGUCUUUUGGAUCCGCAGGGCUGCAUUUUACAAUACCUCCCGCAGCCGCCUCAACAGCUUCCACCGACGCAGGACACAGCUCGACGAUGAAUUGAUCAGCUUCGUGCUCGAGAUGUGUCUGUCGAAUUACGUGGGCAUCCGCAAGACGGCUCAGAAUUCACUCGAGAGCAUCACGUCGCACUUUGACGGUACAAAGGCACUGUCGUUCCCCAAGUUAUUCGAGGCCAUCAAGCCUGGCGUUUCGGAUGACAGAAUGAAAGGCGCGCUCUACGUGCUCGGCUCGAAAGGCUAUUCCAACAUGGCCAUCCUCGACGCGCGUUUCAGCCUCCGCUACGUCACGGGGUUGCUUGCAGCGCAGCACCAUUCCAAACCGUCAAUCCAGAAACUCGUUCGAGGCAUAUUGGGAGACUUUGUUGUGCGCUUCGCUGAGCCCUCCACAUCAAAGGCGAGGCUCGCGACACCCGAGCCUCUUCUCGAAGCCGCGUCCUUCUUGGAAGGCGGGUUAUCAGAGCAGCACCGGCAGUCGGACACCGUCUUGCUCCAAAAAGUGGAAGCGUUCCGCCAGCAGCGCAUUCGGUUGGUUGAUCAGCUUCACACGGAUCUUGCCAUUCAGGUCUUGGAAAUUGCGCAAGCCAAGGAGACGCACUGGGCCUUUGCCUUGUACGCAGCAAAACUGCUUCGCGUUCUAGUUCGCCGCGACAAGCCCCUGUCACCCGACCUCGCACGAUACUUUGCGGAACAAAUAAACUCGGACAAUCCUCAAAUGCGUAGAAGUGCACAAAUCGGUCUCGUCAAGGUGCUGUAUCUGCUCAAGCUCAGAACGAUGUGCAAGACAGAGGAAGACCUUGUUCUCAUGCGCACAAGCAACCCCUUGAAGCGUGUGGAGCAGCUGCCGUCACCUGUCGGGCAAGGUCUCACGGACGCGUACUUCGCCGACUUUGCCAGCGAACUUUCUGUCGACUCAAAGCUGCGAGACAAGACUUCUCAAGGGUGGCUCGUCUGGUCCGACAGCGCCGCUUACUACGCCUUACCGAGUGAAGGCACAGAUACUGCGUUCGACUGGGACCCGACUUCGGCCGCUGCAGUGACUGCGGCUCGCGAGGUCAUGUCCCAGGAAACUUGGUGGAAGAAGUUAUUUGAGCAUCUGUCGCAGGAGAAGGAUCGCGACUUCAUUGGCGCCGAGACGAUUAACUUUAUCAAGUCGAUCUUCCAGGUGUAUGGCCAUGUAAUGCUCGAAUAUGUGCAGACGCAGACUGAAGCGUACAUCCAGGAGCGUGAUCGACAUAAACAUCGUGCAGCUGCGGAGAUCAUCAGCGGUGUCGUGCGGGGUGCCAAGCAUUGGCCGCUCCCAGUUCAAGACAGGCUCUGGAAGUGGCUAGGUGGCUUGCUUCCUCGCAUCUUCAAGGAGGCCACACCGGACAGUCAGCCCGCCUGGCAGAUGUGUGUCGAAUACAUGCUUCACCAACGCGACCCUCGUCGAGCUGUGCCUCUUGUCAAGUAUGUCUUGCAAACAGCUAAGGACAGCAUCGCAAAGGAAGGUGACAGUCCUUGGGAGCAGUCGAAGGCCCAAAAUCUGCUUCGAGGGGUGCUUGUUUCGCUCGACACGAAGUUUUCGCCAUGGGCAAAGGAUUUCAUCACGCUGUACGACGCCCAUUUUGCCAGCGAAUACGUUGAAGUACGCGUCUUUAUCAGCGAGAGCUUGGCCGACCUCGAGCUACUUGGCGCUCACCCUUCAUUUGGCAGCGUCGAUCUUUUCCUCAAGGAUUGCCUCCAGAACACGGGAAGUCUUCUCGCCCGACCUGGAAUGUAUAAGGCCCGCCUCGAGAGGUUGUCCAAACAGCUCACACAAUGGCGGACAGAGCGUGUACCAACGUCUCAAGGCUCUUCGCAGUAUGACCGUGCCGCGAUGACGGCUCUGUACUGGAUCAAUACGACCAUGGGCGACCAUCGUAACAGCGCUCUCGCUUGUGAAGUGAUUCCGUUCCUGCCGCAUAUAUUUGCAAUGCUUGAACUUCAUGACAACAGGGAGCUUUCAGUGGAGGCAAGGAAGGUUCUCACAAGGAUUUCCACGUUCCCAUACGCUUCGGAAUCCGUCCCUUUACUCGUGCAUCAGAUCAUCGACCUCAUUAGAUCUUCCAAGGAGUCCUGGCGACUCCGUCUCGAUGCCUUGCCGGUUCUCCAGGUAGUCUACUUCCAAAAUCUUUUCUAUCUGGAUCCACCACUCAUGCAAGACAUCAUCGAGCUCCUCUUCGGGCUGCUGACCGAUCCGCAUCUGGAGGUGCGCGAAAUGGCUGCGACUACCCUUUCAGGCAUCGUACGCUGUUCACAACGGAAGCUCAUCAAGCGUCUGAAGGACCGUUUCACUGCCAUCGUUCUCGAGACGCGUCUGCCAAAACGCACCUCGCCCGAGUUCGGCUCCAAGCUUGUCAAGCUCCACUCUGGUCUGUUGGGCGCGACAGCCCUGAUUUCUGCAUUCCCGUACGAGAUACCACCUUGGAUGCCCGCGUUCAUCUGCGACACGGUUGCGCAACACGCCGAGGAUCCAGUCCCGAUUUCCACGACCAUCCGAAAAUGCGCUGCCGACUUUAAAAGAACGCACCAAGAUACGUGGGAACAGGAUUCCAAGAAAUUCAGCGCGGAGCAGCUACAAGAAGUUACCGAUUUUACUCUCGGCCGCAGCGAUUACUUUGCAUAAAAGCUUGGUGCUCCUUCAUGUUUGCAUCUUCUCGACCCGCAAUCCAAAUGGUACAACAUAGAGGUAAUCUAGCAAUGUAGUCUACUCAACAGCAUAAAUGUCCUUGGCAUAUU